AUGUGCAACCGUCCCAAGGACCCUCAGCAUCGUUUCUGCAGUGAACACCGGAGAUGCGGAGUCGUGGGCUGCGUUCGAACCGGAGAUUGCCCCUCGAAUGUGCCACUCCCGUGGAUGUGUCCGGACCACAAGUGCUUUGUCGAGGACUGUUACAAGACUAGAGACAAGCUGUAUGGCUACUGCGCCGAUCAUCGAUGCCGAGUCGGAAGCUGCUUCGAGAGGAGGAUAUCCAACUCCGAGUUCUGUGCCGACCACCACUCGCGAAUUUGCCGAGAGCUGAAUUGUCGAGAGGUGAUAUACGCAGACCAUCGUUGCUUCAAUCAUCAACGAUGCAUCGUCAAGAACUGCAAAUUCCACCGCUUCAGACGUCCAGAUGGCGGUCUCUGGGACUUUUGCGAACACCACUAUGGCGAAUAUCGCUGCACGUACAAAGACUGCGACAAACUGACGAUACCUGGCACUCGCUGCUGCGCCAUCCACAAGUGCACAUUCGAGGGAUGUGUCAACUUCCGAGACAACGAGCUUGACAAGGAGAGAGUCUUCUGUCGAGACCACGGGUGCGGCGCAUCGAGAUGUUACGCUGUCGCUGUUGCUAUCGAUGGGGGUGGCUUUCGUCCCUUUUGCCGGAGACAUACUUGCACGAUAGCUGGUUGCAACGAGGUAUCCGAGUUCGGUGUCCACUGUCACAAACAUCGAUGCCACUGGAAGAGCUGCGAAAAGCCAUGCCUCAAGGGAGGAGAGUACUGUGGUGAUCACGAGUGCAAGAGACCUGGCUGUCGCAAGAUUGCCAGACUGCAGUUCGGCUACUGUGCAGAUCAUUGCUGCAAGAUCGACGGCUGUAUCAACUACUGCGACGUCACUGCCGACAGGAUAUGCUACGAGCACUCGAGAGGUGAUCUCUUCGAUCGCAUCAAACACCUCGAAAAGAGGUUGAGAGAACGGCAACACGAGCAUAUUCACGAUCAUCACGAUCAUCACCAUCCACAUUUCGACGAUAUGCAAAUUCGUUAUGACAAGCUGAUCAGAGAUUACGAUGAAUGCCUCAUUAGACUGAACGAAAGUAGAGAGGAGAUUCGCAUUCUUCGGACCACUUUCAUUUCACCAGACGACAACCGCAUCUGGCGAAAGGAACUCGAAGAUCGCAACGCUCGCCUGUUGCUAGAUCUGGACAGAGAAGUCAAGAGAAGCGAGCAUUGGGAGCGCAAAGCCAUCGAGUUCGGUCGAAGAAUCGAUGAUCUCGAGGUUUUGUUGGCAGAGGAGCGACUCCGACAUCCAAAGUCGGAUGAAUACGUUAGACAAAUCGCAGAUCUCGUACGCAAAGUCGAGAUUCUCGAGGAUGAGUUGCGCAUCGAGCGCAAUAAUCAUCACAUUCACGAAGGACGACAACGCGAGAUCGAGAAGCUCGUGCGUACCAUUGAGGAGCUCGAGCGAAAGCUCAAGGGCGAUCACAUCAAGGUGGAUGAGCUCAUCAAGAAGGUUGAUCUCCUGCAAUCGAUACUCGCUGGCGAGAGAGAGCAAAAGGAUAUUCUUCUUGCUGAGCUCGCCAAGCGGGAUGAGUAUGAGAGAUUGAGACGAGAGGAGCGCCGUCGUCCUAGAAGAGGAAGCUGGGAGAGAAGAUCUCGCGACUCGCGGCCAUGGGGAAGUGUCUUCUGA